AUGUUACAAGAUCUAUUCGAUGAAGAUCGUGAAGAUGGAGAUUUUUCUUAUUUUCCAAGCAAUACUAGUUCAAAAUCAAUAAUUGAGAAACCAAUAUCACCAAGAAAUGAAACAGAUUUAUGUGGUUUACAAAAUCAAGGAGCAACUUGUUAUCUUAAUGCUCUCAUUCAGACACUACUUUUCACACCAGAUUUUCGUGAACCUCUUUUCAGUUUAACUGCUAAAGAUCUUAAUCUUCUAUCAAAUCCUAAUGAUUCAAGUCAAACUUCAUCAAGUGGAAGUACUUUAAAAGUUCGUAAAAUUAUUGUUGAAUUACAAAAGCUUUUUGCUGAAAUGCUUCUACUUAACCAACAAGCAUGUUCAUCUAUUCGAUUAACUGAUAGUUUCGGUUGGCAAUCCAAUGAAACAAUUGAUCAUCAAGAUGUUCAUGAACUUAAUCGUUUAUUAUUUGAUGCGAUUCAAAAAUCUUUACAAGGUACAAAACAAUCAAAUUUAAUACGUUCUUGUUAUGAAGGUUCCACUAUUAAUUAUACGCAAUGCAAACAAUGCCAGAAAAUUUUUAAACGAAUAGAAGAUUAUCAAGAUUUACCAUUAGUUGUACAAGAUAGUCCAAAUUUACAUACAUCUCUAGCAAAUAUGUUUACUUAUCGUGAACAGUUAACUGGUGAUAAUCAGUAUCGAUGUUCAUCCUGUGACAAUAGAUUAUGUGAUGCUGAUAAAUGGGCAAAAAUUAGUAAAUUACCACCAAUUUUAACACUACCAUUACAACGAUUUAUUUAUGAUAUAAAAACCGGUAAUCGUUUGAAGAAAACAACACGUUAUGAAUUUCCAUUUGAUAUUGAUUUAAAAGAAUUUUGUGAAGAUUCUGUGAUUGAUACAAAUUAUGAAUUAUUUGCUGUUGUUAUUCAUAAAGGUACAUGUUAUUCAGGACAUUACUAUGGUUAUAUCAAAGAUAUUGAUCAUAUUGGUACAUGGAUACGUCCACCUCCGCCACCUUCAUCUGCAGCAAAAUCAUCAAAUAAACAGAAACCAUCAAAUACUAAUUCUAAUAAUAAUCGAAAUCCAACAAAAAAUGAUUCGACUGAAACUGAUGAAGAAAUAAGUAAAAAAAUUGAGCUGAUUAAAACAAUAUUAUUAUCAUGUGAUGAUUGGUUUACUAUUGAUGAUUUAUUAAAAACUUAUCGUGAAAAUACAACAGUUCCGUGGAGUCGAACUCGUAAUUCGAAUGGCACAUUUACAAAAUUUCUUCGUAAUCAUCCAGAUAUAUUUCAUAUUGAUGAUAAACGUGUUCGAUUAAUUGAACAAAUGGAUAUUGAUGAAAAUCAAAUGGAUUAUGAAUCAUCACAAAUUGAUAAAACAGAUAUCAAUAGUCAAGAAAAUGAACAUUGGUUUUGUUUUGAUGAUUCAAAUGUAACAUGUGUAACACAACAACAUAUUCAAAGACAUUAUGGUUUAAGUGAUUGUGCAUACAUGUUAUUUUAUAGAUUAAAAAAUAACAGAAACAAAAAUGAAUCAACAAUGGAUUGUUCGAAUACUUUAUAUUCUGUACCACAAUGGUUAAUUGAGGAAAUUUCAGAAAAAAAUAAAAUUUUAGAAGAAAAACGUGAAAUAUAUGAAAAACAUCAAAAUCAAUUAUCAGUAAUAAUUUAUCCAAGUGAAUGGUUUGAAGUCAUUGAUAAUUGUCGAUUAAAUUUGAAUAGUAAUAAUCAAGUACUUUUUCCUGAUCAAUAUGGUGAACAUAAAUUUGAUAAACGAACAAAAACUAAUGAAUUUAUUUCGAAUCUUAAGGAUAUUUAUGGUAAAGACAGUCAUUUUUAUAUUGCUAAAAAACUUCGUUCUGGUCAAUUACAUAUAAUUAGUGAAUUAAAAAAUGUAUCAGAUGAUAAUAUAACAUUAGAUAAAAAUGAUCUUUCUAAUAAUCCUAAUAUAAUUGUAUUCAAAUAUCCAUCGAUAUUACCUGAUACAGUUAUACAAGGUGAAGAAUUUGAACCAAUUAUGUUAAAUAUAGUCUAUGGUUUUCCUGAUGCACAUAUUCAUGCAUCACGUUUACAAACUAUUCGACAUGUAUCAAAAAAUACAACAUUAUUUGAAUUAAAAGAAAUUCUAUUUCGUGAUUUUUAUCAAUAUGAUGAUCCACAAAUUUUAAGACAAGUUCGUAUGGGUAAAUUAAAUUUAGAAGAAAAAAAUAAUCGUAAAUCACGUCGAGAAUAUAAAAUUGAUGAAGAAAAACAAACAUUAGCACAAUUAUAUUUACAUGAUGGUGAUACAUUAGGUAUUGAUAAUAAAAAUUCAUUUGUACCAAGUUGGAAAGAUGCUUCAUCAAAUAUUGCAAAUACAGGAAAAAAUCAUUUGUCGUUAACUAUUAAAAAUAAUAUUGAUACAAUAAAUACAAAACCAAUGACAUGUAGUUGUUGGAAUACAACACUCAUUGGAGAGGUUAAAUUAAUGGCAAUUCAAGCAUUUGGUUUAUCAUUAGAUCCAUCUAUGUGUCGAUUAUAUAUUGAUGAUGAUUCUGAUCUAGCAGAUAUUCCUCUAUAUGAUCAUCAAACAGUAGAUACAAUAAACUUUAGAGAAAAUAAUACAAAUCUCUGUUUAAAAUCUGGUCAAGCACUUAAAGAAAAUGAUCUUAUGAUUUGUGUUCAAUCUGAUCGAGAACCUAACUUAUUGGAACUUAUUGUUGAUUACAGUAUGACAUUAACUGAUUUAUGGAAUUUAAUAAAACAAAAAUUAAAUAUGGAUGAGAAUGAUAAUGAAUAUCAUUUAUGUGAAAUGAAAUCAACAUUGAUUAAUGAUGGUUCACCAUUGAAUGAUUUUGAUCAAACACUUUUAGUUAAUGGACUUACGAAUGGUGCUCAACUAACUAUACGAUCUGGUAGUAUUGCACCAAGAAAUCAUAUUCGAUUGAAAAUUUUUAAAAUUAUUAAUCAAUAUUACAAACCAAAUGAAGCGAUCCAUACUCGACCAAAAUUUGAAAUAAUUGAAUUGACACAACGUUUUGAAUUACCAAUUACCUCUUCAUUUAAUGCUCUUCGUGAACGUAUAGCUAAAUUAAUUGAUUUCAAAGUUCCAUCGAAUUAUACAAGUGAUACUCAGCCAUUAGAAUUCAUUCGCCUUUAUGAUAUUGAUGAUAAUCAACCAACAACAAUCGUCCAUGAGCCUGUAUUAACCACUCUCAAACAAGCAAAAGUACGCGAUUUAUGUUCAUAUGCUUUUGAAAUUUUACCACAUCCAGAAUAUUUAUCAAAAAAAGAUUUACUCCUUAAUAUUGUUUAUUUAAAAGAUAAUACUACUAAUUAUUUUCAAUAUAAAUUUGAAUUACUUUUACCAUUAAGAGAUAAUGCAAUUGCUAAAUAUGAUUAUUUGGAACAACAUAUUUUAUCUCAUUUAAAAUCAUUGUUAAACAAUGACAUAAUUAAAAUAACACUAGCCCGUUAUUUUUCUGAUCGUGGACAAUGGAUGAUUAUUGAUCCGUCAGCAACUACUAAAAAAACGAAAAUAACUAAUGUUAAUCUUAAACAUGAACCAUAUAAAUUAACUGAUUUUACUGUUAUUGGUGUACUUGAAGGUGAAAAUUUAACAAGUGAAGAUUUCGAAACAGAGUUUGAUCAAAUAAAACGAAAAGACAUUGAUGUUGAAAAAGAACAAAAACGAAUGAAUCGUGAAAAAAAUCGAACUGAUAAUGAUCGUAAUCAACAAAAUGGAAGUAGUGGACGUCGAAGAUCACCACAAAAUACAAUGCGAAUUAAUGUUGAUGAUUUUGAUAAUUAA